UGCAUUUUAGAUGUUACGUAAACUGGUCAAGUUUUCCUGAACAAAGGAUUUCUUCGCAGCGUGACACUCCAGUUUUUCCUCAAGAUUACGCUGUCCAAUUAAACACUCGUGAAAUAUUUUUACUAGUUCCCGUCAAUCGGGAAGAAGAAAUUAAAGUAAAUUUUUCAGUUGAAUUUUUGUUAAUUGUCGGAAUGGCUGUUCAAGUACGGAACGGUUUUAAAAAAUAUGGGCGUGGGGAAUUCGUACUUAACAACUUAAACGUUAACAUCGGUCGGGGGGAAAUCUUUGGAUUACUCGGAGCGAGCGGUUGCGGGAAGACCACCUUGCUGUCCUGCAUAGUCGGGCUUCGUGAACUGGACAUGGGGGAAAUUACCAUUUUUCCUCGUGGAAACAACCUUGCUCAAAUUCUGGGAUACAUGCCACAGGAAACGGCGCUUCUGAACUUGUUGACAAUCGUAGAAUCGCUGCGGUAUUUUGGAAUUAUUUAUGGCAUGGAUGAAUCUGUAAUCAAGAAACGAGUCGAUUUUCUAACAAGUUUCCUUGAUCUGCGUAAAACAAAUAAUUUAGUGCAUACUCUGAGGUGGGGAAAAUUUCCAAAACUGUUAAGAAAAGUGUAUUCAUGACGUGUGUAUAAACGUAAUUUAUUGACUGAUACAUAAAUAUGUAAAUAAAUAUGUAUGACAAAUGAUGCAGCGGUGGACAGAAAAAGCGGGUGUCACUGGCCAUUGCGAUGAUUCAUAAUCCACGAAUUC